AUGUGCGCCUUGGAUAGCCCGACCACGAUGCUGAAAACCGUCAUCGCCAGCCUUCAUAUGUCAUCGAAAUAUGUCCCUUAUUAUUUUCCUGCUCUAUCAAAAUUGAAGGAGCUGAUGCUUAGUCAAGUCAGGAUACAUGAACAUCCAGGCCACCAAACCAUCGACUCGAAUCUCGUUGGGAAUCCCAUAGGACUUGCAAACAUUCUGGAGUCUCGACCUGAACCAAUCCGGCCUACCGACAGCUUGCCGGAGAUGUCUGGAGAAGUACUUCACUAUGGAUGCUUUGCUGGACAACAUCAUGCUGUAGUACCCACGAGAUGCGCCAAAUUUCGUUAUGAGCUGGCUCACACUAUCGAUUGGGCCCUCAAAGAUCGCUUCGUCAAUCUGAUGCAUAGCAAACAUUUCGAGAAUCAAGGACAUUUUUCCGCCAUGCAGUUGCCAGCCGUCCUCACCAAGAACUUUAUCGAGUUAGUGAAGAAAUUUGAAAAUGUUAACCUGUAG